AUGAUGAAGAAUUGUACUGUAUUUCAAGACCUUAACAGAAAGCCGAAACCAAGCUACCCUCUUCCUAUGAAAGUGAAAACUGUCGCUUGUGGCGCUGGAUUCGCAUUGUUUCUCACUCCAUCUGGUGUCAUUUUUAGCAAGGGGAUUGGCACUCGUGGUCAAUUGGGUCACGGUGAUUUAGAAAGUCGCUCAACCCCUGAAGCUAUUGAGGCUCUCCGUCCAGUUACUUCAACUGCUAUCGCUUGUGGUUUCUUGCACUCAGCGUGCUUGACGGACACUGGUGACGUUUACACGUGGGGUUCUAACGAGUUUGGUCAAUUGGGCUAUACUUCUCUAAAUCUUGAAAGAUCAAGGCAGUUAAGCACCCCCUUCCUCCCAUCCGAUUUAGGCGUGAAUGUGAACGCGCUUCCCGCUCCUGUCGAUUUCCCUGACGAUUGUCUCAUUACAGCUGUAUGGAUUGCCUGUGGAAGUCGACAUACCGUCUGCCUGUCCGAAGACAGCAAUUUAUACUCAUUCGGCUGGAAUGGUUUUGGACAGCUGGGCUUAGAGCCAGAAUCGGGCCGAAUGGUGGAUCGAUAUCCCUAUCAAACCGCUUCUGAUAGGGUCAAUCGUAUUAACCUACCUUUACCGUCCCAGAACCAGUUGUCGGUCACAUGCGGGCACUGGUGCACC